AUGGUACACGCUCAAGAUUUUAUAGAAAAUAAAUUUCCUAAAGAUGUUAAAGAAAUCAGAGCUUAUAAUGAUGAUCUAGAGGGACAUUUAGAUUUAUCAAAAUAUCCUAAUUUAAACAAAAUAGAAUUUGGAUCCAAUUCUCGAUUAAGAAGUUUAAAACUUGCUCGCCCGAACAAAAUUUCUUAUAUAAGCAUCUUUCAUUCCGGCGUCGAUGAUUUAACUUUUUUGGCAGACACUCCUAAUUUACAGACAAUAUGUUUGUCUCGAACAGGAGAGAAAAUUGGUGAUGGUCCUGGUAAUGCUUAUAUUGCCAAAGCGCUCCGAGAAGCUUGCCAAGAGAAUUACAGAUUGCUAAGUCAAUCUGAUCAACAAAUAGAGCGAGAGAGAGAAAAUAAUAAGGAGUUAAAGCAAAAGUUUGCUAAUGCCCAACAGGAAAAUCAAGCAUUAAAAAACCAAAGCCAGCAGAAACAGCAAAUUAUUAACGAUCAACAAAGUCAGAUGAACGAAUUGUCCAAUAUAGCCUUUCCUAAUAAUCCGUACGAUUUCACUAAACUCAAACAAGACAUUAUCCGACUUAAAUUCCAAGAAUUAGCACCGCAAGUAAGAAAUGAAAGCGCGAAGUUGGUACGGUUAAUUUCUGAAGCAAAAAACAAAGCGGGCAAUUUUUCUUCCGUAGUUGACUUAAUCUUAGAUACCCAAAGGCAAAUCGUGAAAAAAAACGAAACUUCUCAGCAAGAUAAAUUAAUUGGUAUUAUGGAAGCUUACCAAACAAUUCUUGCAAGCAGUUUAGAAGGAAAGCUACAAAAACUUUUAAACAAAAAAACAGAAGUCUUAGAAUUAGAAAAACACUUGGCAAGUUUACAACAGAAUCUUUCCGGCAAAUGA